AUGGGCCAGUCGCUCCCACCCCGCCGCCCCCUGAGCCCUCCACCCCUUUGGCACCCGGCGGCCCUGGGGCGGGUGGUGGCGGGGGACGGUCCCGUCUGUCACCUCCUGGAGUCGGUGGCUGGGGACACGGCCAAGGCCGUGGACAAGGAGCUGCAGCUGGGGGAGGUGACACUGGCAGUGGUGACCUUCCUGACCAACGUGGUGGUGGAGGAGCUGCUGCAGGAGCUGCACUGCAUCCACUGCACCCUGGCCCAGCACAUGGAUGGGACCCCAGAGGAAUCGGGGGUUGUCCCCCCCACCACAGGGAGAACCCCUCAAAAGCACUAGCGAGGAGCUGGGCAC